CGAAGCCUGAAUGGGCGUGGCGUCAUAUUUGAUCUGUUCACCGGACUAGGACUUCUAACCACUUGUCAAAUUAGCGGUUGUGUUUCCCGGUCAGCAGCUACCGUUAUUCAUUUUUUCAAAAACAAUUAAGAUUUUUUCUCGUUUCCCCCACGAACCGGGCCAUCCUCUCCAACAUCAACAGCUCAGCCAUCGUGAUAAUGACGACCAUGCCAUCAUCGCCGCAGCUCAGGAAGAGGUUAACCAUGGCCCACAAAUUUGUCAAAUACGGCCUUGGCAUCCUAACACUGUUGGUCCUCAUCUUCCUUCUGCGCAAGAUCAGCAUUUUCGAGAACUGGAACUGUAGCACAGUGUCAGCGCUGUCCCGGCUCCAGAGCCACAUCCACACAUCUUUGUCUGGACCUGUCCCGGUGUACCACCACAAUCACACCUACUGUGCACGGCUGGGCCAGAAAGCCACACCAGAAGAAGAGCGAGAGGAGCACAGCUUGCUGAAUUCCAUCACCUGGCCCGGACCACCCUUUGGCUCGGCACCGGUCGCCUUGCUCGAGACCAGCGACCCGGCCCACAGCUCCUUCACCAUCCUCCCCUCAGAGAAGAAGGGCCAUUGGUACGUGGGCGACCAGCUAGAAGUCAUCGUCCAGGUGUACGACUUCAAGGGCCGACCCAAGGGCUAUGGUGGCGAUUUUCUUCUAGCUCGACUGCAUUCCCCGGAAUAUGGGGCAGGUGUGGCCGGGGUGGUAUCGGACCACAAGAACGGACUCUACUCUGUUCGAUUCCUUCUGUUGUGGGAAGGGUCGGCUCAGGUGGAGGUCACCAUGGUGCACUCCAGCGAAGCCGUUGCCGUGCUGCAGCGACUGAGGGAAGAGCGUCCCGAUCGCGUGUAUUUCAACAGUCUCUACCGUCUGGGUCAUCAAUCUCAGACCACCGUGUGUAACAUGUGCCUACCGCCCGACCGGGGGCCGCUGUGUGACUACACGGACCCUCGCACCGGCGAGCCUUGGUACUGUUACAAGCCUCGGCUGCUCAGCUGCCACAGAAGAAUCAACCAUGCCAAGGGAGGCUACCUCAAAAACAUCACCACGGACAAGGAAGCCAGGCUCUUUCAGAGUGGUGUCAACAUCAAAGUUCCCAUCCGGGCUUCCGGAAACGACACAAUCAGCGUGCUGCCUUCAAGGACAGGUAGGACCCCCAAAGAAACCCAUUGCUUGUUUUUUUGCAUGGAGUCUAUUCAUGAAAUUGUAUACGUAGAAAGCAAGCGUUUAAAACCAGAUGCUGUCAACCAAGCGACGUCCGGGUACUACUACCAGGAAUCAUGGAGAACCUUAGGCGACAUCGCAAUGCGCCACUUUGACUCAUCCGCCAUCGCUCAGUGUUUGACCAAUAAGGUGGUCCACCUGUACGGCGACUCCACCAUUCGCCAGUGGUUUGACUUCCUGGUGAAAGCACUGGCAGACUUGAAGGAAUUCAACCUUCGGAGUCCUAAAAUGGUAGGACCCUUCAUGGCGGUGGACAGCACUCACAAUAUUCUGGUGAAGUACCGCUGUCACGGACCACCCAUCCGCUUCUCCACCGUCAUGGCGAGCGAGUUGCGGUACAUCUCUAACGAGCUGGACGGCCUGACGGGGGGUCCCAACACGGUGGUGGCCAUCAGCAUCUGGUCUCACUUCAGCACCUUCCCCGUGGAGGUGUACAUACGCCGCCUGCGGCACAUCCGCAAGGCUGUGGCGCAACUUCUGGACCGAGCGCCGGGGACGCUGGUCGUGAUCCGCUCGGCCAACCCCCAGGCCCUGGACCAGCAGGUGAGCCUGUACAACAGCGACUGGUUCUCGCAGCAGCUGGACGCCGUGCUGCGCGCCAUGUUUAAAGGGUUGGACGUCUUAUUGGUGGACGCCUGGCAGAUGAGCCUGGCGCACCAUCACCCUCACCUCCUCCACCCACCACCGGCCAUCGUGAAGAACACGGUAGACCUCAUGUUGUCCCACGUUUGUCCCUAGAAAUGCCAAAGACGAUGUCCUCUCAGGGUUCCUAUGAGUCAAUGUAAAAAGUAUGGAAUGGGAUUUCAUAAAUGUCCAGGUCUGGAAAAGUAUGGAUUGGAAUAUGGAAAAUACUCACGUCUGACAGGAUUAAAUUAUGAACUUCCAGGGAGGACCUGGAAGAGUUACUGUAUGGAACCAUGAAUUCUUCUGCCUACCAAGAAAUCCUGAAGGAGAAUGUCCGGCCAUCUGUUGGUGACCUUGAGCUGAAACCAACUUGGGUUCUGCAGCAGGACAAAGAUUCAUAACACACCAGUAAGUCCACCUCUGAUUGGCUGAAGAAAAACAAAAUGAAGACUUUGGAGUGGUCUGGUCCAAGUCCUUACCUGAAUCAUAUUGAGAUGCUGUGGCAUGACCUGAAAAAGGAGCUUCAUGCUGGAACCAAACCAAAGGUCCUCCACAGCCUGCAGUUGUUGGUGCUCAGGGAGGCCCAACCAGUUCAAGUUUAGGGGGAAUCAGUUUUUCCACACGGGGCCUGUAGGAUUGAUAUUUUUUUCUCCCUCCACAAUAAAAAGUUU